AUGGAGACGGUUGUGUCUAUGAUAUUUUUCGGUGUCUGUGCAGCCACUCCUUUGUGUUUGGUUGGGAGGGACUACAUUGUUGAGAAUUGUGUAAGGUAUAGGUGUAUCUUCGGAAGAGCCAUACCAGAACCAUGCCCAUUGGGUCUUUCCCCUACUUAUAAAGGGGUAACAGGAUGUAGCUGGUCGAGCGAAUCGGAAUGCAUUACAAUUCCGGAGACGGGAAAAAUCAUUGAUCCCUGCAGUGGUAGCCCGUGUUUAAAUGGGGGUAGAUGUCUUUCUUCUUCCAAUGGUCAGUCUUAUCUUUGCUCGUGUCCUCCUGGAUAUCAGGGACCUCGAUGUCAAAUCGAUGAAAACGAAUGCUUGAGCAGUCCUUGUAUGAACGGCGGGAUUUGUUUGGAUGGUAAGAAUGGCUUCACGUGCCAAUGUCCUCCAGGGGAGGGAGGCGUCCACUACACAGGACGACACUGUGAAACUAAAAUAUCCAAACUGGAGGAUGUCUGCACACCCAAUCCUUGUCAUAAUGAAGGCUACUGUUCAGGAGUAGGGGGGUCCUUUAUCUGCUACUGUACACCAAAGUUCAGUGGACCCUUGUGUAACGAAACAAUGAGUAUAGGUAAUCCCUGCUCCAGCAGACCUUGUUUGAACUCUGGAAUCUGCAGCAGUGUGCGAGCAACUCAAUUCAAAUGUUUCUGUUCACCGGGCUUCACAGGGAAACAAUGUGAACAAAAUCAAGAUCCCUGCUCUAUGAAGCCCUGUAUGAAUGGCGGCGUCUGUUUUCAAACCACUGAAGCCACCGUCUUUGGAUGUGCGUGUCCAGAAAAUUUCACAGGCCGUCUAUGUGAGACAGCUAUUUUGAUGCAUCCAUGCAGGAAGGCUCCGUGUAAGAAUGGUGGUUAUUGUACAGAGGUGGGCGCCACCUACAGGUGUAACUGUAGGUCGGGAUAUACGGGAUCGGACUGUACUCUUGUGACGUCAGCCGUCAUUUCUAGUCAGUGUGACAAAAGGAAGGGCUUGCUGCUACCCCACCCGUCUUAUUGUCAACUCUACUAUAACUGUAGCGCGCCGUCUGGUAACAUUCCCUCCAGACCAAAGGAGAAGUUUUUAGACGAGUGUCCUUAUCCUCAACUUUUCUCCACCACAAGCAGAAGAUGUGAAGCUUUUAACCGGGUGGACUGUGGCAAGCGCCAGAUUCUUUGGGAUUUCUGUGAUUACUGGAAACAAAAAUGCAGGAGUGUCUGUAAAUCUUGCUCUAUUGACCAUCCAAGUUGUAUGAAUAAGGCAGACGGGAUCCACAGUAACCCCAUGAAACCAAACAGCCCAUAUUACAUGGCGUGCUACCAGAAUAGGACUGUGUACGUCUCCGAGUGCCAGAGAGACAGAUUUGGAAAGCAAAUGGUAUUUCAUGAAAAUAAAUGUACUAGUUCAUUUGAUAUUGCCAGAGCCGAGGGAGGGCGAAGACCAGUGUGUGCAGAUACUGAUACUGGAAUAUAUUCUGACCCCGGGGGAGAAUGUAAUAUAUAUUAUAUGUGUCAGGCAGGGGUGGCUAGGGUGAUGCAGUGUUCUGACGGGAAGAUAUUCCACUACCAGCCUGGAAAGCCCCUGUGCCAAGAGCCAGAAGACGUAUGUCAACCAUGUGGAACUAAAGCAUGGUAUGGUAAAUGCCAUAGUUCUUUUUUAUUACUGUAA